ACACAAAGAUAUAGCCACCCCGCCAAAAAAACAGGCCCAAAAAGGCCAAAACUACAGCUGUGUCAAAGACAAGGCAUAGUAACUUGGCCUUCAACAUGUUCCUUGCUGAAAAUGAGCAAAGUACACUAAGAAAAGAUCAUCACCAAGUCUACACUCAAGAACCAGUUUUUCCACAUGAAGAGAGGUUCUGUUUCUCAUGAUUUGGGUGCAUUUCCAAGCCUAGGAGGGCCAGAUUUUCAUGGCAGUAGAAUUGGAGGCCAAAAGGGUUGGAGCUCUGAGCGUGUGCCGUUGCCUACAAGCAGUGGACAGAGGCAUGCCAUCCAUGGCAGCACUUCUUUGAUGGGGCUGAGCAAUGGUGGGAGGACUGUGCCUUCAAAAUGGGAAGAUGCAGAGAGGUGGAUUUGCAGCCCGGUUCUCGGAUAUGGCUGUGAAAGCAACAAGAAUGAUUCGCAUUCUCAUGGUCAUGGUCAGCAGAGGAGGCCUAAGUCCAAGAGUGGUCCAAUUGUGCCUCCCGGAGCUGUGUACUGUUCGAAUUUUUCGCCUGCAAAUCCGGCAUUUGAUGGCUGCGGCAGCGUGAGGAAUUUCGCAAUCGGUUCACCAUUUUCGACAGGAGUUUUGGCAGCUGAUAGUGUCUCUCUUCUAUAUGGUGGCAGUGGAGGAAUGGGAAGAUCAACUAGUGCGCUUGGACCGUUAGAAUUGCAAAAUGAGAAACUUGAUAACACAAAGUGUGAGGAACCAGCGAUUUCCCGAGCUGUUUCACAACGAGAUAUGGGAACCCAAAUAACCCCAAAUGGUUGCCUCCACCACUCACCACCACCUCCCAAAAGGAGGUCAUCAUUUGCUCCAUCUUCUCCAACUCUGCUUUCCAUUGUGGAGCAGCAACGCGAACAUUUUGCUAAGUUAGAGGUCAGAGAAGUGCAGGUUGACAAUGGAGCCACUGGCACUAAGGGGUCAAGAAGGGGUGGCAGCGUCACGAAAAGACACCCGGAUGUUUAUGAUUUCGACAAAAUUGCUAUUAAAAACCAACCUCCAUCUUUCAAUAUUGCAGAGGCAGCUAUGAACAGUUUAAGAAAGCAAAGAGAGGAAGCCAAGAUCACUGCGUGGGAGAACUUGCAGAAGGCAAAAGCUGAAGCAGCACUAAGAAAACUUGAGAUGAAAUUGGAAAAGAAGAGAUCGUCGACAAUGGACAAGAUCAUGAAGAAGGUGAGAAACGCACAAGUUAAAGCCCACAAGAUGAGAAGCUCAAUAGCAGUUAAAGACGGCCAUCAAGCUCCAAAAACUCCCGGAAAGCUUGUUUCCUUCGGUAAGCUUGUCCGGGGGGGUUCCCUGAGCAGUUGCUUUACCCGUAAUGCUGCCUAAUUCCUUGUGCUCUUCUCAGCUAAUUUAUUCAUUGCACCAGCUGACCUCUUGGGAGUUUCUGAUUUGAAAUCUAGCUUAGGAAUAUCUUCCAUGUCAAGUUUUCUUCCUUUUGACCUCAUCCUGUAUUGUAUAUAGGAACCUCCUGCUUUAACUAGGUAUGUGAACAGCGAGCACCGUAUAUAGAAGAACUUCAAAUUCUACUCUUUGUGCUCUUGAGUUGGCCUUUUACCAUGGCAUUUGGUUGUCUUCU